AAGAAGAGAAAAAUCGUGUUACUUCUGGUGGAGAUUUUUAUUUCCCUUUCGUCGAACGAGAUGUUUCGUGGAACGUGGAUACGAUGGCCAUUGCUAUCAACGUUUUUAUUGGGCUUCCAUAUAUUCCUGGUGGUUGCCCAAUGCGGAUCUUCGAUACAGGACAGACAAGAGAGUCAGGAUAGACAAGACAAGUUAGCAUUGUACAAGAUCACUAUGAGAACUUAUUGGUCGAGAGCACGAUUUCCACGACAUUAUCCUGAAUGGAAACCUCCGGCACAAUUCGGCAAACUUAUCGGUCGAACGCACGACUCCACGUACACCCUUUAUAGAUUGGGUGAAAGACUUUCGACGGGCGCGAGAUUAUACGUGGAAACUGGAAGGGCUGACGGGUUAGAUGCUGGUGGCGAAUCUCAAAACACCCUUCACUCUUUUACGGGACCGCCUAUACCACAGGGCGAGGGUACCAGCAUUGCCAGAGCCUUUCUCGAUGGAAACCAUACUUUAAUAAGCAUCAUGGCAAGAAUCAAUCCGAGUCCCGAUUGGUUCGUCGGUGUUGAUUCCUUUCAACUUUGCGUCGAAGGAAAUUGGGUCGAUACUGUAACUGUCGAGCUCGACCCUCUGGACGGUGGAACGGAUAACGGGUUCACAUUUACGGCUGCCAAUUGGCCUACGCAACCUCAAGGAAUAGCCUACAGAAUCACAUCCCGGUACCCGGCACAUCCCGCGGGAAGCUUCUAUUAUCCGAACCUACCUCGACUACCACCGAUAGCAACCCUUACUUUCACUAAGUUGCGGGAAUACACUCUGACGGAGACCUAUCACGAGGACGACGUCGAGGUCGAGUUCGUAAGCAAUGACAAUCUACUAUCGAGCAAUCCAACCCCAAGAGGAAUCGAUCCGAACAGAGACCUAAACGAGGCCAUCGCGGAGGAACGAAGGGAAAUGGACACUCAGAGAUACAGAUACUGGACCACAACAAGUAACGGACAACCAUCAGUAACCGAUAUACCGCGCGAUGGAAAAGCCGCAAUAAUCGAUAGCAUUGCAUCGUCAUAUGCAUUGCAAAGGCCAAGGUUAAAUGCAACACCAACUUCGAGAACAAUCAAAUUGGUUGAUCAAAAGAAUAAAUAUAACGAAGGAAAAUCGAAUUGGCCGUAUUAUCAGAUGUACAGGCAUUCGGUCGAAGCACAAAAGGCUGAAAUUUUCAAGGACAUUCAAAGGAAGAUGGCGAACACGACAGGUGUUUCCAAACUCGGUCAAUCGUGGAUGAACAAUUCCACGGAUAUCUCGCAACAACGUCAGCAUAAACUUAGAAUGAAACAUCAUAGGCUAAUGGCUAAGGGCAAACAUUUGAGAACGCGUCCACCGAGAGAUUGCAAGGUCAGCGAAUGGGGUCCAUGGAGUGCUUGCAGUCGUAGUUGCGGAGUAGGGGAAACACAGAGGACACGAAAAGUGACGAUAAAGUCGCGCCGUGGUGGAGCAGCUUGUCCACCAUUGAAGGAGACCAAAUGGUGUGGCAGCGUUAGUCCUUGUCCAGAGAACAACAAGUCUAAUCUCGAAGGGUUUCAUUGGUAGUCUUGUUAAGGGUGGUGGUCGCCCAACAACGACGACUUUUGUCCUAAUCUUAACGAAGAGAACGAAGAAAACACACGGCCAAGUUACACCGAGAUUUAUUAUAUUAUAUAUUCUCGGUUAAAAAGGAUCUUGUGCGUGAAGAUGACGACUGUAAAGAAAAAAAAAAAAAAAAAAAGAAAGAAAGAAAGAAAGAAAAAAAAAGUAGAAGAAAAGAAACAAAAGGAGGAAACAAAAUGAGAAUUAAUAUUCUCCCUUUCUUUCGUUUGUGUU